CAAAAAUUUAGUUAAUCUAUCGCGUCGAGGAGUUUUAAGAAAAUUACGAUCACGAAAUCAUACAUAUUCUAGAGAAUAAUGAACUGGUUACCACUUUUGCUGUCCUCUGUACUCUUGCUCCUCGUCGCAGCCAGCAGUGUCGUCCAGGUGAGGGCGGAUGAUGACGACGGGGCCAUGGGGGCCAAUGACAUCAAAUCCUGGUUCGACAAGUUCUUCAAGCCACAAAGCGCAGCGAAUGCCUUCAAAGCAUUUUUGAAAGAGAGCAGUAAAAAAAUGGGCAUGAACAUCCCGGAUGCUGACGAGGCGGAACAGGACAAAGGUGACGAUGACAAGGCCAAGAAGGAUGACGACAAGGAUGACGACAAGAAAAAAUCGUCGGAAGAGGUGCCCCUGCCCGCAAAGGUUUUCGUAUUUUACGGCAAAACGUUUGGUUGCGCCAAAUCGAAAAUCUAUCAAGAAUUUGCCAAGAAUUACAAGGCAGACUCGCUCCCCACCUCGGACGUGGAGGAGGAAGCAGAUGACAAAUGGUUGAGGAAGUUGACCAACAAACCAGUCGACGUGGACGACCCGAAGAAACCCUCAGUUGAAAUUGAGGACGCAAAGAAAAAGCUGGCCAAAUUGGGAAAGGAUCAGAUUGCCAAGCUAAACGAAGGGGAGUCGCAGAUGCCGCUGGAGGGUCAAAUAUUUCUCCAUUUCAUUAAGUCCAUGGGGUGCCAGGAUGCCAAGUUUGAAGACUACAAGAAAUUCAACGACCUGAUGAAGGACCACAUUGACAAGGCGAAGAAGAAGAACAAAAAGGUCACCCCUGCCUACGCUCUGGCAAAGGCCGACACCAUUCUGCAUGAUGAAUUUGAAUAA